AUGGGUCUUCUUCUGAGCACCCUCCACCGAGCCCUACUGAAGUUCACUGGAUAUCAAGCACGGAUCCUGAUGUGUGGUCUGGAUGCUGCCGGGAAGACAACUAUCUUGUACAAGCUAACGAUGCAUGAGACAGUCACUACAAUCCCCACCAUUGGGUUCAAUGUAGAGACUGUUGAACCAGUCGGUAACGUCAUAUUCACUUUGUGGGAUAUGGGAGGUGGAGACAAGAUCAAGCAACUUCACCCUUUAUACUAUCCAGAUGCAGAUGGAGUUAUCUUUGUGGUGGACAGUAAUGACCAAGAAAGAUUUCCUGAAAUCGGGACAAUGCUGAAUGAUAUGUUGGAACACGAGAGCCUGAGAGGAGUCCCCUUUAUGGUGCUGGCCAAUAAGCAAGAUGUCCCCAGUGCCAGGAGACCAGAAGAACUUGCUGAGAAUUUGGGGCUGGAUGACAUAAAGAGAGACCUAUGGCAUAUCCAAGGCUGUUGUGCCACAACUGGGGAAGGUCUUGUUGAGGGGAUGGAGAUCCUUGCUGAAUUAGUGAAACAAUUUAAGAACAACAAGGGUGUCUCCCGCUAGUAAAUGUCUCUCUACAAUGCAGAAAUUCGUUCAAACCAGAGAAAUACUAAUGGCGGAUUUGGACUGAAAAUCUCAUAUUAUUGAAAGCUUUCAAAAUCACAACUUGCACUAUAAUUUCCAAAUCUAUUGGAAGGACUGAUCCCAAGAUUAUAACUUAUUACUGUCCCAGAGGAUAGGUGAUAAGUAUCUGAUUGAUGACCCCCAAGUCAGGGGAACGACCGCACACACGCAUGACUGCCACUCCAUUAACUUAUAAGACUGCCGAGUACAGCGGCAGCGAAUGAAUAGAACAACGGUCAAGGAUGCCGUCUUUCGCUCCAUUCACUAAGAGAUCAUAUGGAUUUUAUAGAGGGUGAGUCCCCUUAUUGUGCAAAGUGGAAAGCCGGGAAGCAUCAGUGGCAACCAGCCUGACAGGCACAGUCUGUUCAUGUAUUACUUUUGA